ACCCAUGCGGCGUUGUGGUCGUGUAGGUUAGUGACGUCACUGGGGGCGGAAGUGGCUGCGGCGACCACAGAGACAGAGUUAUUCCCCAUAGCCGCGGAGGUCGCGAAUCUGUCGGCCAGGAGGAUGGCCUUGUUGGUGGGGAAUAGAGUGGGGUAAAGAGGGAGUUUGAGACAGCUGUGGUAUGAGAGGAUUGGGAGGAAGUGGAGAGUGGGGGAUGAGAGACAGAGUUGAGGAGGGAUUGAGCAGGAGGCAGGAAGUUGGGACCUUCUCUCUCCCCUCUCUUUGGAAAAGUCGGUGACAGUCCAACCGGAUUUACUGGUCAGGAAGUGAAGUGUAACUUUCGUUUUCUCUUUCUGAUCUAUAGCUGCGCCUAUUUUAGGAAGCGGACAUUGCUCGGGUCUGAGGAGUUUUGCUUGUUCAGGGAAUUUUAGACCUGGCCUGAGCGGGGCCAGCAGUUUGAGAAAGUUUAUUCUGGCAGUGUUAUCUGUCCCGCUUCGAGUUUUCCAGGUGAGCUUUGCAAAAGGCCGAACUUCGGAGGAACAGUCUUGAAGUACGGAGAGUUAAAGUCAUUCAGAUGAGAAUAGAACGUUGCAGGAGCAGACCUACCAGACAUGGCAAGCCAACACGUCCCCUUGGUUAUUAUAAGUGUCACAGCAUGCGUACUGGGAUUGCUACUGAACAAGUACAUUAAUUACACCAAAUGCGAGGACUGUGACGACAAUUGGAUAGCACUGGAUAUAAAAGGUUUAGAGGAGGAUUUCACGAACAAGCUGUUUGGACAGCACAUUGCAAGUGAAGUGAUCAUCAAAGCACUUAAAGGUUCUUCAAGUAACCCUAAUUCCCAGAAACCCCUGACCAUGUCUCUACAUGGUUACAGCGGCACUGGAAAGAACUUUGUUAGUCGACUAAUAGCACAGAACCUUUACAGAAAAGGACUAGACAGCAAGUAUGUCCAUAUGUUUGUGUCAACACUCCAUUUUCCUCACGUUCAGUUCAUUGACAAGUAUCAGAGUGACUUACGGAGGUGGAUUCAUGGAAAUGUUUCACAAUGUGCCAGAUCAAUGUUUAUUUUUGAUGAAAUGGACAAAAUGCAUCCAGGUCUCAUUAAUGCAAUCAAACCUUUCCUGGACUACAGCAGUGAUGUUGACAAAGUGGAUUACAGAAAAGCAAUAUUCAUCUUCUUAAGCAAUACUGGUGGUGACAAGAUAAGUGAAUUUACCCUAAACAUUUUGAUGAAUGGAAAGGAAAGGGAGAGCAUUAAGCUGAGUCAGCUAGAAGAGGAACUCUCCUUGACAGUCUUCAACAAUAGCAACAGUGGUUUCUGGCAGACUGCUCUCAUCCAAAGCAACUUGAUUGACCAUUUCAUUCCUUUCCUACCCCUGGAGUUCAAACACGUUGAGUCCUGCGUGAGAGCUGAAAUUGCAUCCAGAGGUAAAAGGAUCAGUGAGAGCAUUGUCACCACAAUUGCAAGCAGUAUGGUCUACUACCCAGAAGAGAAGCUGCUGUCACAAAAAGGCUGUAAGACUGUAGCUUCCAAAGUAAACUUGUAUUUCUAAGUUGAAGAACCUACAGAAGGAAACUUUUGCAUAUCUCCUUGGUGUUUGCAGAAUCUCUGGGACUGAUUGAUGAGGUACUUAUCCACUUACAAUUCUUUUAACAGAAUCACUCAAUAACUAGCCUGUUGUACCUGCUGGUGUCCAUUUCUGCCAGUUAGGUGAUCUGCUGUCAUGGUGUACCAUACUUGUCUGUAUUGUACCAACCCGAAACAUCGACUCUUCUGAUCCUCAAAUGCUGCCUGACCACCUGUGCUUUUCCAGCACCACACUCUUUGACUCAUACAUCCACAGCAGCACAUCUGUCCACCAUUCUGUGACAGUUGUUAUCCAACUGCAAGCUGCAGCAAAAACAGAAAUUGCUGGUGAAGCUCAUCAGAUCUGGCAGCAUCUGUGGAGAGAGAUCUGAGUUAACGUUUUGGGUCAAGUGACCCUUCCUCAGAACUGGGGAUGAGCCCUUUUUCUGCAGUCACCACUUUGGCUGCUGGAAAAGACCCAUGAACAAAUGGCUAAAAUACGGACAUGUCACUUUGCAGAGUUAUUUUUGCUCAUUUGUCUUAUGGGUAGUAUGUGAAAUUUGUAGCAGAGAUCUCAGUGUGCACACUUUUAAAAACCUGUUUUUUUCUGCAGAUCUUUACUUAUUGUCCAGGCUUCUGAUGUGUACAGGGAAGGGUAGAGAAUGCAGCAUCUGUAAACAAAUGGAUUAUUGACAAGUGCCUAAAUGGUGUUAAACGUAUAAUCUUGUACAUUUUAAAAGAAUUAAUGAUCACGAUAUUGGAUUAAGAUGUAAUCCACCAGUGACAUUAGAAAGAGUUGAGUCCAAGCACUUGAAACUUAUUUUUUUUGCAAAGUUAAAUUAUGCAUGAAGUGUGAGUGAAAUGUUUAAGGUCAAUACAUCUCAAACCUUUUCCUACUGUGACACCAUUUCAAAAUCUGAAAAUUGUCAUGACCCCUCAGUGAGCACUGUGAGAGUGGGUUGUGAGCUGCUUUGAGAGAUCUGUUAGAGAGGACAAAGUGAGAAGUCACACAACACCAGGUUAUCGUCCAACCAGGACAUCAUCUGACGAAAGAACAAUGUUCCAAAAGCUUGUCAUUGCGAAUAAAGCUGUUGCCAAACUGGUGUUGUGUGACAUCUGACUUUGUGUACCCUAGUCCAACACUAGCACCUCCACAUCAUGUGAGAAGAAGCAAAGCUCUUAUAACUUGGUUGGAGUUCCACAGUAGCUACUGAGUUUCAGAUCCCAAUAUUUCAACUUGUGACCUUUUAAACUUCCAUUUUGAGGAAUUUAAGAUAGAAUGAAAAAAUAAGGUGUAAACUAAGAUUGAUAGGAGUCAGUACUGCAAUAUUUUUAUUAGCCCACACCAGCCAUCCCUGAGCAGAAUAGAUAAUGAUGAUUUCACUGCAAUAUCUAAUUCCUGUAACAGUCUCCAAAGGGGAGAAAAAACUCCUUGCUUCGAGGCUUGUGUAAAUGUGGAUUGCAUUGCUGCUGUACAGCCAAAAAUGCAUCACCAAUUGAGUUGUUUAAGGAACAGGUAUAGCUAUAUCCUUUCCUGAAGAAGGGCUCAUGCCCGAAACGUCGAUUCUCCUGCUCCUUGGAUGCUGCC